CAUUGGUUGCAUUAGCCUAUAGGUUAUUAUGUACUAUAUGAGUUUGGAAUUAACCAUGUAACAUUUUAAUUAUAUUCUGCUGAACCUUGUUCAGCAAAAUGAAUGAAUCUUUUUUUCGAGUCAUUUUGUUCAUUUCGCUAAACGAGAUUCAAAGAUCCGAGUCAGUAAAAUGAUCCGAACUUCCCAACACUACCAAAUACACACCAGCCCAGCAAGUCAAGAGGAAAAAGCAGGUCUGAAAAUCCCGCAAAUGGUACAACAUAACUUGUGAGAAAUAAGGGGGAAACAGCGCUGGAAGUUGUAGAUUUCAGGGUGCAGCAGUGUGUCGGAAAUACGACAAGAGAAACCCCGCCUUCCUGCUCAGUCUACACUGAAAACACAAGUCAUAUAUUGGGCGGAGCUUCCUGAUGUGUUAGAUUAUUCACCGGUUUCCGUCUCGAAAACAAAAACAUGUCGAAAACACAAACAAAGCUAAAAUCAUUCAAAGUGAGGCGAGCUGGAGAGGCGAAAAAAUUCGGUGUGGCGGCAUCUACUCUGAAAGAACUGAUCAAAAAAGCAUGCGGUCUACUUAAGAUGUCUGCGUCGAAGGUACAGUGCUGUUUGUAUGAGGACGGGACGGUAGUGACAGAAGAUUAUUUUCUACAUCUUACCGAAAACACCGAGUUAGUUCUACUUCCGGAUGGACAGAGCUGGAACGGAAUGGUAUAUGACCUCAGCCAAAUCCUCGGGCUGGACAGACACUCAGAACAGCUGAUCGACGCAGCUCAACAGCUAUUGACUGAUGAGCAUUCAGCUAAAAGGAGAAAAAUCCUCAGUGAGCUCCUGUGUAAUCUGAAAGAUCAUGCAGAGCUGGAGAAUAGGGAAGAUGAUGAGGACUGGUUUCAAGGGAUCGACUUAAGAUUUAAGACCAAGUCCUCAUACAUGAAGCACAACUGUGAGCAAAGAAUACGGUCAUACUUGAAAGAGGUGGACAGCCAUGCUCGCACUAUUCAGAACUCUAAGCAGAAAAGUGAAUAUCAGAAGGUGGCAGCCAGCAUGGCAGAAAAGCUGAAAUCCAUGCACUAUCAUGGCACUUACUUUGACAGAAGAGAAAAAGAGCUCCAUCGACUGUGUACUAAAGAGGGCUGGUUCUCCUGCCAGGGUGCUUUUAAUGUGGACCAGUGUGAAUCUCUCCACUCAAUAAACCCGUAUGGUAACCGUGAGAGUAGAAUCCUUUUCAGCACCUGGAAUCUGGACCACAGGAUCGAGAAGAAGAGAACCAUCAUACCCACUCUUGUCAAGGCACUUCAAGGUAAAAAGAGCAGUGAUAUAAACCUGGACUAUUUCUACAAGCUGCUAUUCACAAGAGAAAAUCUCAAGCUGGUUCACAUUGUCUGCCACAAGAAGGGAGCGCAUGACCUAGCAUGUGAUUCACGGAAAAUAUACAGACGAGUUAAAAGGAAUUGAAGUGGACAGUGAUGACAUCAUGACUAGAGUCACCAUAGAUAACACAAGAGAAUUGUGAUUUUCUGUCCAGGGAAAAGAAUAGAACAUUUUUUAAAUGAUUUUCCUAAUGUUUUUGAGGUGUGAUUUAUAUUUCCCCAGUUGAUCAUGUUUUAAAAAAUAAGUAUUUUCUUUUAAACAAUGUACACUUUUUAUAUUGUUUUAAAAUGUGAAAUUAAGGAAUGAUCCUUGUGAAUUUAUGCAUGUUGAUUGAACAAUGUUGAACAAACUUUCUUUGGUGCACUCAGGUUUUUGAGAAAUGUUUACCAAUGUAACAUUUUUGUACCUUAUGUGUGAAAGAUUCCUUAUGGUGUUUUUUUUGUGUACUUAAUUCUAUGAAAUUCAUGUUUUCUACAUUAGUUGGUACCAGAAUAUAUUUUUAUUAACUUUUUUUAAUGAAUCCAAAUAGUUCUUUUUCCUUUUCAACUGCCAGUCCACCAGAACAGUGAAAAAGAGUGAGCCAAAUAUUCAGCAAAAUACCCAUUAAAAAUGUAUUGCUGUGUAA